GGAGGGAAUCAGCUGGAGCAGCCACGCUGAGCCCCUGGCAGAGCUUAGAGCUGUGCCAGGGAGGUGGAGGAGGGCACUGAUGCCUGGUUGAGGUGGAAAUGCUCUUAACAAGGUGGAAAUGCUCUCAGCAUUAAUACCUGCAUGGAUCCUCCAGAAGAAGAUUUCUCCAACCAGGUGAAUUCCACGUCCCUGAACUCCCCCACCAGCCGGGGGCCCAUGGCCACCCCGUCCCUGCACCCGUCCAUCGGGCCGGGCAUCGGCUCCUCGCUGGGCUCCCCGGGCCAGCUGCACUCGCCCAUCAGCACCCUCAGCUCGCCCAUCAACGGCAUGGGCCCCCCCUUCUCCGUCAUCAGCUCCCCCAUGGGCCCACACUCGAUGUCUGUCCCCUCCACGCCCAGCCUGGGGUUCGGCACCAGCAGCCCGCAGCUCAACUCGCCCAUGAACUCCGUCACCAGCACAGAAGACAUCAAGCCACCCCUGGGGCUCAAUGGAGUCCUCAAAGUGCCAGCACAUCCCUCAGGAACGAUGGCCUCCUUCACCAAGCACAUAUGUGCCAUCUGUGGGGACAGAUCUUCGGGUAAACAUUACGGGGUUUACAGCUGUGAGGGCUGCAAAGGCUUCUUCAAGCGCACGGUGCGGAAGGACCUGACCUACACGUGCCGGGACAACAAGGACUGCCUGAUCGACAAGCGCCAGCGCAACCGCUGCCAGUACUGCCGCUACCAGAAGUGUCUGGCCAUGGGCAUGAAGAGAGAAGCCGUGCAGGAGGAGAGGCAGCGGGGCAAGGACCGCAACGAGAACGAGGUGGAGUCCACGAGCAGCGCCAACGAGGACAUGCCCGUGGAGAAGAUCCUGGAGGCCGAGCUCGCCGUGGAGCCAAAGACAGAGACCUACAUCGAGGCAAACAUGGGCCUGACCCCCAGCUCGCCCAAUGACCCGGUGACAAACAUCUGCCAGGCAGCAGACAAACAGCUCUUCACCCUGGUGGAGUGGGCCAAGAGGAUCCCCCAUUUCUCUGAGCUGCCCCUGGAUGACCAGGUCAUCUUGCUCAGAGCAGGGUGGAACGAGCUGCUAAUUGCCUCCUUCUCCCACCGCUCCAUAGCCGUGAAGGACGGGAUCCUGCUGGCCACGGGGCUGCACGUGCACCGGAACAGCGCGCACAGCGCCGGCGUCGGGGCCAUCUUCGACAGAGUACUGACAGAACUGGUGUCCAAAAUGAGGGACAUGCUGAUGGACAAGACAGAGCUGGGCUGCCUGCGAGCCAUUGUCCUCUUCAACCCCGACUCCAAGGGGCUGUCGAACCCGGCGGAGGUGGAGGCGCUGCGGGAGAAGGUGUACGCGUCGCUAGAGGCUUACUGCAAACACAAAUACCCCGACCAGCCCGGCAGGUUUGCCAAGCUCCUGCUCCGCCUCCCAGCCCUGCGAUCCAUCGGCCUGAAAUGCCUGGAGCACCUCUUCUUCUUCAAGCUAAUAGGCGACACGCCCAUCGACACCUUCCUGAUGGAAAUGCUGGAAGCGCCGCACCAAAUGACUUAAAAACUCUGCUGGGUCAGUCCCUCGCCCGGCCGGGCUCCCUCGGGGCCCUUCCUCUGCUUUCCUCGGCCCCAGCCCGUCCCUCCCUGCUGUCCUGGAGGCACCGUCUGCUCCGGGGGACCCUCCUGGUCAUCCUGCCCUCCCUGUGCGUUCGCUGUCACUGCUGCGUCUCCAGACCUGCCCGCUGGUUCCCUGUGCUUCUUGUAGAGGAGUGGGAGCGGAGAGAGCUUUGCCAACCCCUGCCCCCCGCCGUGCCAUGAGGUUUGGGAUGAGCCACCACGGGCUGGUGUCACCUGCCAGCCCUCUCCCCCUGGGGACAAGGACGGUGCCAGCCCUCGGGGCAGUGGGGGUUCCGACGAGCCGAGGGGAGUGGUUGGACUCUGCCAGAUUUGCAGCUGGGCUAUUUUCAGAAGAUGGAGUUUUUUGGAAAAAAAAAAAGAAAAAAAAAAAGAGAAGAAGAAGACAAAAAAGAAAAAAAAAGAAAAAAAAAAGAAAUAAUUUCUAUUUUUGGUUUCUAACUAUUCUUAGUAGUCUCGGUAGUUACUUUGCGGAGGGAGAGGCCGUGGCCCCUGAGUGAGUCACCCGUGGCUGCACACAGGAGCCGUCUCCUUCCACUUCAGAGUAUUUGGGAUUGAGCUGAAUCCCCCAAAACACGGUGGCAGUGGCACAGGAAAUGCCCUUUGGCCACCCUGGAGGGUGCCCGGGCAUCGCUGCCCACCCCGAAGGUGUGGACAUGAGCCAGCUGCAGCGCUUGCUUUAAGGCUGCCAGGGACUCCCCAUGGCCCUUCCCCAGCUCCUGGGGGUUUGCUGGGAGCCCUGCCCUCAGCACGGCAUCCCAGUACAUCCCAGUCCAUCCCAGUACAUCCCAGUGCUGCCCCAGCACCCACCGUGACCCCGCUCUGGGGUUUUGGGGCUCACCCAGGAGCUGCUCCUGUUCUUUCAGCCCUGCAAAACACUGCAAGGCAACAAUUAGUGGGAGUGCUCGGCCAGGCUGGUUAAUUGCGGCUGUUAAUUAGUGCUGAAGCAAGAACAGGGCUGUCCCCUGCCCUGGAUCUGCCCCGUGGGGGUGGGAGGGCCGGGCUGGGUGGGGGAUGUGGCAGCAGCACCAUCCCUGUCCUCCCCGGGAUUCUGAGAGCACCAAAAGCACCUUGGCUUUUGCACAACCCUUUCCUUCAGUCUUGGUGACAGGAUUUUGGGGUUAGGGACAGGAAUGUGCCCACAGCCCACGGGAUGGGGUUCCCCCAGGAGUGUGUAGCCAGCGAGGGAACCAUCCCCCUUCCCCUCCCUCCUCAUCAGGUGUCUCCUGUGCCCCACAAAAACACGAGUUGGAGAGAAAACAAAGCACAGGGAAUGAUGAGGGAUCUUGGGAAGGGUUUUCCCCCCUUGUGCUGGGAGCUGAGGAGGAGGUGCUUCCCCACCACUUCCAUGUGCUCUGUGCUUUAAAAAGCAAAGGAUGAAGCCCCCAAAAUCCCUUCUUGCUCCCCAUGGUUUGCAGCUGGUUGAAAACUCCUCCUUUGUUCCUGGAGGGGGAUGGAGCAGCACCCACCACCUCACUCCCACUCUCUUUUGGAGGGGACACCGUUGCCCCCUGCCUGUUGCCAUCCCAGCUGGAGUGCCCAGCUCCAUCCCCUGCAGCUCCAAAAUACAAAAACCUCUGGGGAUUUGGGGUGGCAGCUCCCCCUGGGGCUGGCCCGGCGCGGCGAACCGGCAGAGGCAGGCAGAGCGCCUUGGCUCUGCUUCCCCAGCAGCCUGCAAGCCACUGAAAAUAUUAUUAAACAGCUUCACCCUGCAAGAAUUUGCCAAGAAAACGAGGCAGGAGAAAUGAAAUCUGGCGAGGGUGCCAGGAAACACGAGCAGGCUGUUCCCUGCCAGGAGGAGGCUGGCACAGCCCCAGGGCGGGCAGGGAGGUGGCAGAGCCCAGAGCCCCCAGCCCUGGGCAGAAAGGAGCCUGGGACUUGCUUGGCACAGAGGAAAAGCUUUGGGGAAGUUGGUGGAUGUUGCACUAGGAUAAACCCGCUGGUCUCUGGUGGGUUGAGCCACUUUUUUCCUGGGGGAUGGCUGGGGAGGAAAUCUUGGGUGCUGUGGUGGCUGCAGGGUGGCACAGUGGGAGAUCCCAGCCCAUCCCAUCCCAUUAUCCCAUCCCAAUCUUAUCCCAUCUCAUUUCAUCUCAUCCCAUCCUGUCCUGUCCAUCUCAUUUCAUCCAAUCCCUUUCCAUUCUGUCACGUUCCAUCAUCCCAUCCCAUCCCAUCCCAUCCCAUCCCAUCCUUAUCCCAUUUUACUUCAUCCCAUCCUUUUCCAUUCUGUCACGUUCCAUCAUCUUCCAUCCCCUUUUUUCCCUAUCUGUCCUCAUCCUACCGUGUCCCAUUUCAUCCCAUCCCAUUUCAUCCCACCCCAUCCCAUCCCCUUUAGUAUCUGACCUUACAAAGCCAAGGGGGAGGCUCUGCAGACCCCAAGCUCCAGGUCAGGCUCAUCCCCGUGCCUCAGUUUCCCUGCUGGAGCAGCACAGCCUCAAUCCAUGCCUGUGGUGGAGGGGAUUUUGGGAAAGGCUGAGCCUUGUCCUGGGGAUUUAAUCUCAGCUGGUGAAAGGGAAUUGGGGUUCCCUGAGCCCCCAAAGCCCAGCCCAGCCCCUCCAUGGUCACCCCAGCCCUUCCUGUGGGAAGGAGAAGCUUUUGUGUGUUGGGAAGAGCCAGAGCAGCCUUAAAGCAACGAGCUUUGCAUGAGUUUGAGUCUUUCCUUUGUGUUCUUUUCACUUUGGGCUUUUUUUUGUUGUUGUCCUCAUCAUGAUAAGGCAGAGUGUGGAGAGGUGAGCGUGGCUGAAGGAAAACAAAAGGCACAUUAUUCCCUGGAGAGGUAGGACGUGGAUGUCACCAGCUCUCAGUGCUCCUGCAAAAAUCUCCUCAGAUUCGGGUGAUCUGUUUGUAAUGCUUCUUUUAAUUCCUUUUUCGUUGGUGGGACAAUCUUUAAUUUUCUAAAGAUAGCACAAACAUCAGCCUUCCAGCCACCUGCUGCACCCCUGGCUGCGUGUUCCACCCACCCCACAGCAGCCCAGCACAUCCCAAACCCCUCCCUGGCAACCCCGAGCUUCCCUUGGCACUGGAGCUGCCCAGGAGUGCCCCGGGGGCCCUUGGGGUGGGGGAAAUGCUGAGCCCUGGCCUUGCUGACCCCUGCACUGGGAACAGCCCUGGGCUGGGCUGCUGACCCCAAAACUACACUGGGCUGCUGACCCCAAAGCCGGGAUGGGCUGCUGACCAUGAAACCAUGCUGGGCUGCUGACCCCAAAGUCAGGCUGGGGAGCUGACCCCAAAAGCAGGCUGGCAAAACUGGCUGGGGAGCUGACCCCAAAACCACACAGGGCUGCUGACCCCAAAAGCAGUCUGGGCUGCUGAUCCCAAGAGAAAGCUGGGGAUCUGAUCCCAAAGCCAGGCUAGGGAGCUGCUGAUCCCAAAAGCAGACUGAGGAGCUGCUGACCCCAUCAGUGCAAGCUGGGGAGAUGACCCUAAAAGCACCUGGGGAGCUGAUCCCAAAAGCAGGCUGGGGAGCUGUGCUGUCCCCAAAAGCAGCUGGGGAGCUGAUCCCAAAAGCAGCAGGGGAUCUGUGCUGUCCCAUGGGUGCUGGCACAGGAGCUGUGCUGUCCCUUGGGUGCGGGUGGCUCACCGGGGUGUCCCUGUGUGUCCCUGUGUGUCCGUGUAUGUACUGUAGAUAUCGACACUGUAUAAUACCCCACUCACAUAUACACUUAGAGAACUGUAGCAAUUACAGAAUUUCCUGGCAAUUUGUGGUUUAAGUCAAUUUUUUUUUUUUGGUUUAUUUUUUCCCCUCUCCUCGCUUUUUUUUUUUUCCCCCCCCCGUGUUUUGCGUCCAUUGUAUCUGAAUCCCUUUCCGAAUUGGCAGAUGCCAAAUCUGGAUUUUUAUUCCUCGAGACAAAGGAACUGCAUCUAUUUUAAGAUGCCUUUUUGUUUUGUUUUUCUUCUUUUUGUUUCCUUUUUCUUGUUUUGUUUUGUUUUGUUUUCAUUCUUUUAAGCAGGUGGUUUGGAGUAAAGAAUAGCUUUAGCAAUUCCCAAUACUUAGUGAUGGAUGCCUUGGCUAUGGGAUACAUAGAUUAAAAAAAAAUGACAUUAAAAUUUAGAAUGACAAAAAAAAAAAGAUAAAAGAUAAGGAAAAAAAUAUCUAAAGCAUCAAUAAAGUUAAAAAUCUAUUUUUGUACAAAUGUAAUUUUAUCCCUUACUGUAUCCUUGGAUAUUUUCUUUCCUGGAUUGUUUUGUUUCUUCUACAGAGAUUGUUAUAAACUCUCUCUAUUUUUUCUCUCUUUCUCUCUGUAAAUGUUCAGCCACAGGGAUCUGGAGAAGAGGGAGAAACUUCUGACCGUGUUUUAAAGGCUUUAUAUGAAAUCUCUUUUGAAAUAAUUUUUUUGAAUGAACUUUUUAUUUUUUUUCCCCCCCACUUCCAAAAUCUUUUUGGGGAUGGGAGGGGGGUGGGAGGGAGGGGGAGGGCUGGCCUGGGGGUGUCUUUUGUCACGUAUCUCUGGCGUUCCUGCAGGUCUGUUUUACUGUGAAAUCACUACCGUAUAUUAUUAUUCACUUCAAAAACAACAAAAAUGGUUACAAAAAAAAAAAAAAAAAAAUUAAAAAAAAAAAAAAA